AUGGCGUCCACCGACAACCGCAUUGAUCCCCAAGCCGCCUGGCGCUACGCGAAAGAGCUUCCGGCCGAUGCCAAGGGAUUGGAGAAGGCCUGGAAGCUGUUGGAGACGUACAGCGACAUACCGUCCGACCAGGUGGCCGCACACAUCACAGCCGUUGCUUAUGCCGUCUUCCCCUACCCGUGUCUUAGUCGCUGGCGCUUUCUGGACCUGUACCUGGCUGUGCGCCCAGAGUAUCCAGACAUCCUGAAGCGGCUGCUUUCCGGUGACCGGCUUCUGGACGCCGGAUGUUGCUUCGGCCAGGUCCUGCGGCAGCUCAUCUAUGACGGCGCGCCACCCGAAAGCGUUGCCGGCACCGAUCUGCGGCCUGAGUUCAUCGAGCUCGGCUAUGAGCUCUUCCAAGACCGCAGCGCCCUGCCUGCAUCGACCUUUGUCACCGGCGAUAUCUUUGCGGCCAGUUCGCCCGACGGAAACGACUCGCUCGCCCGUCUUGACGGCCGGUUCGGCAUUCUACACACCGCCAGCUUCUUUCACCUGUUCGACUGGGAUGACCAGGUGCGCAUUGGCGAGCGCAUCGUGCGCUUCUUCCGGCCCGACGUCCGCGAGCCUCUCGUCCUCGGUCGCCAGGUCGGCAACCGCCAUGCCCAGGCCAUCGAGAACAUGUCCCGCACCGGCGAGAUCUACCGCUACAAUCCCGCGUCCAUGCAGCGUCUCUGGGACGAGAUCGGCGCCCGCACCGGAACACGCUGGUCCGUAGCUGCCACCAUGGUCGACCCCAAUGACGAUUCGGAGGAGGAGUUCAAGCGUAUUCUGAUACAGUUCGCCGUGACCAAGGCAGCAUGA